AUGUGGAUCAUCAACUGGUUCUACGAUAUCCUCGCCUCGCUAGGUCUUCUCAACAAGCAUGCCAAACUCCUCUUCCUCGGUCUGGACAAUGCAGGGAAGACAACGUUACUACACAUGUUGAAGAAUGACCGUGUCGCAAUCCUUCAGCCUACAUUACAUCCCACGUCCGAAGAGCUCGCCAUUGGCAACAAUAGAUUCACAACCUUUGAUCUAGGUGGUCACCAACAAGCGCGCCGUCUCUGGCGCGACUACUUCCCCGAAGUGUCGGGCAUUGUCUUCCUCGUCGACGCAAAGGACCACGAACGUCUGCCCGAAGCCAAAGCAGAACUGGACGCUCUCUUGGCAAUGGAAGACCUCGCAAAGACGCCGUUUUUGAUCUUGGGAAACAAGAUCGAUCACCCAGAUGCCGUGUCGGAGGAUGAAUUGAGACAUCAGUUGGGUCUGUACCAGACUACGGGGAAGGGCAAGGUGCCCCUCGAGGGGAUCAGACCGAUCGAGGUGUUUAUGUGCAGUGUUGUCAUGAGGCAGGGCUACGGAGAGGGUAUCAGAUGGCUGGCGCAAUACGUUUGA